AUGCAAGGUUACAGAAACGACGUUUCCAGGAUCGUCGCGCAUUGCCGGCUCAGAAGUCAGGCACAAGAACUUGUUUCGGACUGCACCGCUGGCGCCUUGGGCCCUACCACUACAAGAUUCGGCGAAGUAGAUCAGAUUGUUCAUCUAGGGGUAUCUGGGAAGUACGUUCGCCAGGACAUCACUGACGGCAACCCUGGUGUACCGUUGACUUUCGAUGUUCAGGUCAUCGAUACCAGGACCUGCGAGCCGGUUCCACAGGCCGCGCUCGAGGCCUGGCACUGCAACAGUACCGGUGUCUAUGGCGGUGUGGUGGCUGGUGGCAAUGGUAACCAGGCCGAUGUCAGCAACAUUAACAACACUAUGUUUUGCGGCAUCUAG